AUGGACCCAAAAGCUCAGCAGAUUGAUGAUACAGGCGGGUGCGAAUUUAACACAACGGCAGACUGUGGAGAGGUAGACAGCUUGGACAAGUUGCGCUGGUGGCAGAAAGCAAGCAUAUAUCAGGUAUUGAUUCAAAGCUUUCAAGAUACCAAUGGCGACGGUAAAGGAGAUCUCCGGGGUAUAGUUGAUCGACUCGACUACUUCGUUGCAUUGGGUAUCGAUGUUGUCUGGGUCUCCCCCAUAUACGAGUCACCAAUGUUUGAUCUGGGAUAUGAUAUUAGCAACUAUCGAAAGGUCAACCCGAUCUAUGGAACCAUGGAGGAUAUAGAGCUGAUGGUUCGAGAAACCCACCGAAGAGGUUUGAAAUUGAUUCUUGACAUUGCCUUAAAUCACACCGCCACCAAGCAUGAAUGGUUCCAAACUUCAAGGCGAGCACGAAAGGACCCUAGUCUCGGUAAAAGAGAUUGGUAUUUCUGGAGUCAGGGAAAGCUGGAUGAGCAUGGUAACCGAGUGCCUCCAAACAAUUGGGAGAGCACAUUCACAGGCUCGACCUGGGAGUUCGACGAAGUGGCAGACGAGUUUUACCUGCAUAUCUUUGGAAAGAAUCAACCAGAUCUAAAUUGGGACUGCAAGGAAGUGCGAAAGGAACUGUACGAUGUGUUGAGGUUUUGGUUAGACAAAGGAGUCGACGGGUUUCGGCUCGACACCAUGAACCUCGUGUCAAAAACCUCAGAUUUUCCAGACGCUCCCAUCUCUAAAGAGGGCUCACCAUGGCAGCCCGCCAACCAUUUAUUUGCCAAUGGCCCUCACAUACACGAGUACCUGCAGGAAAUGUAUGAAGAAGUUUUCUCCCAUUAUGACUGCAUGACCCUGGCAGAGAUGUCUUGUGGUGUUGCCCCGCAUCAAGCAGUGCAGUACACCUCGCGCCACAAACCUCGACCGGAGCUGGACCUGAUAAUUCAAUUUCAACACGUGGAGUUAGAUUGCUAUGACGGCGAUAAAUGGAUGCUGAGGGAGUGGGAAUUGCCGGAGCUGAAACGGAUUAUCAACGAAUGGCAGGAGAUUUUGAUCAAAAAUGGUGGGUGGAACACGGUGUGGAUGGAAAAUCAUGACCAGCCAAGAGGAAUUUCACGUUUCACCACCAACAGUCCGCGAUUUCGAGCGUUGUGUGCCAAAAUGCUAGCCUUGUGGCAGUUCACGCUCCAGGGAACGAAUUUGAUAUUCCAAGGACAAGAGCUUGGGAUGGUCAACCCGGGGCUUUUCUCGGAGGAGAUGAACCGGGACAUCGAAACUAUACAGUAUUGGAAUGCAGCACGAGAAGCUCAUCAAGGAGCUGGGGACUCGCACAAGCUUGAAUUGGCCAAAAAGGCAAUCAUCCAAAAGGGUCGCGACAACACCCGUAUUCCUAUUCCGUGGACCGAAGACCCUCACGGGGGAUUCACCGCUCCCACGGCGAAACCUUGGCUUCCAGCCUUUGACCACGGGCGCGAAUGGUGCCAUGCUACCCAGCGGGACACCCCAGACUCAGUAUGGUCCUUCUACCGAUCCAUGAUCCGACUGCGGAAAUCGCAUCCUACUUUGUACUACGGCUCAUACGAGUGCCUGGACAUUGACAACUCAUUGGUCUGGGCUUACAAGAGACGGUCUAAACACAAGUGCUAUCUCACCGUUCUCAACUUCUCUCCUGGCGCCACCUCUUGGAGUUAUGUGAGCCAUGGAGUGAACUUGGCCACAUCUAAAUUACUCAUCUCAAAUCAUAUGACAUGCGAAGCACAGUCGACGCCAGAUGUAAUUUUGUUGAGGCCAUUCGAGGGGCGACUUUAUCAACUCUAA